AUGACCGGAUUUCGUCUGGGUAGCAAUAAAAAGGAGAAGCUGUCUCCUCCGGGGGCAGCCAAACCUUCGGCUCUGGUCGACGAGGUACGUGUGCGUGUUAUUGUUAUUCAUCCGUCCGCCCGCUUAGUAAUUGGAGCGAUUAGAGGAAGAAGGGCCGUAAUCAGCGAUGUUUCAUUGUAGGUGAGCGCACCUCGCAACUUUGGAAUCAAGAACUAUCUGCAUCAAUUCUACGUCACGCCGACCGGCGAGGAUGUGGAAGGAAUGGGCGGUCCGAUGAGCAGCGGCGCGUGGUACCUGCUCCCGCCGCCACCGGCGCAACGUCGUGGCCUCUUGCUAUGCCGCAUCUGCACCAUCAUCGGCCUGCUCUUCCUGAUCGCCGGCGCCGUCACCAUCUGCAUCGGCUACACGUGGAAGGAAGAGCGCAACAUCGAGCAGUCCAUCGAGCGAUUCGUCCUCUUCCAGGUGUGUAUCCUCUUGUACCCCGUUACCCAUUCGCUUCUCGCUUGCAGGACGAGAACGGUGGCCUGUACGUGCCGCGCGACAAGCUCGAAAUCAUUCUCCAAGAUCCGAUGCGUCUGUGGAAGUCGAUCGGCUUUGCGAUGUUCACGCUGGGCAGUCUGCUGCUCGCCUUCUCGCUCGCCAUCCCCACCGCCGCCGCGAUGGUCGGCACAACGAGAUUCGCCGCGUUCGCCUCGCCCGACAAUUCGCCGAACGAGCCGCCCGUUCGCGUUUUCCCGCACUCUUCCAACGUCACCGGAAUGAGCAGGUUGGUGAUAAUAACAGAGAUAAAAGCGUGGGCGUUCUUAUUGUGGGUGCUCUCGAGGGGAAACGUUCUGGCCGACUAUACAAAAAAUGGAAAUGUGUUGCAGCGGUCCGGUGCCCGUGAUGGAGGAGAUCGCAAAAGUGCAGCCGUCGGAGAAGAAGAGCCCGACGGUGAUUCCCGACCUGCUCGACCAGGAAGUGCACUGA